CCUGAUCUGGGAGUUGAUCUCACCAGCUUUAAGCAUCAGCACCACUGCAAUUUAAUCUUAAUCUUACAUAUAUUUCCAAAAAUUAGACAGAUUAUCUUUACUUGAAGCAAUCUGAUCCACAGUAAUGGCUACAAUAAUGAGCCCAUACUCAUGGACAGAGGGUUUGGACUCUCCUGCUGGGGAAGGAAAGCCUAGGGCAGGGCUUACAGCUCACGAAUCUUCAGGCAGGAACAAAGCUGAACCACGAAUCCGGAGACCCAUGAAUGCCUUUAUGGUCUGGGCUAAAGACGAGAGGAAAAAACUAGCAAUCCAAAAUCCUGACCUUCACAAUGCAGAGCUCAGCAAAAUGCUGGGCAAAUCAUGGAAAGCUCUCACUCCUUCACAGAAGAGGCCUUUUGUAGAAGAAGCUGAAAGAUUACGAGUCCAGCAUAUGCAAGAUCAUCCCAAUUACAAAUACAGGCCUCGGAGGAAAAAACAGAUCAAACGUCUCUGCAAACGUGUAGAUCCGAACUUCCUGCUUACUAACAUUCCACACGAUCGGCCUCCUGUUCGCGGCGGAAGAAUGUGCAGGGGAUCUCUGGAGGAGGAAGAGGAUAAAGGCUAUCCACUAGUCUCAAGACUUCCUGCAAUCAGCAGGUUCAGGGAAACACAGACAACAAAUAACAGCUUCGACAACUAUGGACUACCUACUCCUGAGAUGUCCCCUUUAGAUGUGAUUGAUGCUGAUCACAGUUUCUUUCCACCUCAGUGUACAGAAGAUUCUCCUUCUCAGAUGAAUGGAAUAAUGUAUCAUUCAGACUAUGGACAAAGCCCUAUCCAAUGUGGACAUCUCAGUCAGAUUUCAGUUCCACAGAAUAGAUCUACCAUGAUGCGCUCUGCAGCCGGCCAACCUCCACCACCUCCUUAUUAUAACCAGAUCCAGCAGUCUGCUCCCCAGUCUAUGAAUUUGAGCACAUCAGUUCAUCUUUCUCCUCCCCAUGACCACCAUCACCUAGAUAAUCUGGAACAUAUCACCCAAGCUGAGCUUUUAGGAGAAGUGGACCGAAAUGAGUUUGAUCAGUAUUUGAACACCUCUAGUCAUCUAAAUCAAGCAGGAAUUAAUUCACAUCUACCUGACAUCUGUUCAACAGGAGGCACAAAUUCAGAGAGGAGCCUUAUAUCUGUAUUAGCAGAUGCUACUGCAGCCUAUUACAAUAGCUACAGUAGCUCUUAGAGUAAACAAAUAAACAUGUACUUUUUUCAAAAAUUAUCAACAGUAUUAUUUACAAAUAUCUCUGGGUAUGAAAAUAUCCUCAGGUAGUAAAAUACAGUAGUCAUGCUUUUUCAUAAAUGAUGACCAGCAUAUUUAUAUUGGCUUGAAGUAAUUGUUGCAACACUUGUAAAAUAAAAUAUAAAGUUGUUUGCUAUUUGGACUGCUUGUUUUCCAAACAUUAGGCUGAAAUGUUUGUGCUUGUUAAGAGUUUGCAGGAGAGUUAUCUAAAUUCCAGUGAUUGUUUCGCUUUUUUUCUCUGUCUGGUUGUUGUAUGCCUUCUCAUUUCAAAUGUCUGCAUCAUCUUUUAUUGAAUUGAGUAAAAUUUAAUUGAUCUGAACUGACUGAUCCAAUACUGAAUGAAUUAUUAU